CACCAUUCCCCCGCCUUUCUCCAUCUCACCUUCUUACGUCAUGCCGGCUUCAACCGAAACGAUGGCGGAAUCAUCCUUGGACCAAGGGGGCUUCUCUCGCUUCGACCUUCUCACCGUCCUGAUCACAAAUGAAACGUUCAUUCGCGCUGCGAGUCUGCCCUUGCUCACCAAGCUCCUGAGAGUCUCAAAGCGGACUCGGGCCAUCCUCAGCACUGACCAGCUACAGAAACGGCUGUGGUUCGACUAUUUGCAUAUCACUACCGAGUUUCUAUUCCAAGGUGUCAGCCCAUCGGUCAACCGCCAUGAUGUGAUGCAGGGUCUCCGUUGCUAUGUAUUUCGCCAGAAUCAGCGCAAGCCAACAAGCCCAUCGAUGCUGGAGAAGGAGAACAAGUUCUGGUUCGAAGUCUAUCGAGACAGACAAUUGUUUAACCGAGUGCAACGAUACUGCCAAGUGACUGAUCCAGAGUUCCGCCUCCCCGAGGACCCAAGAUCUAACGGACUCGAGGGAUUAUCCGUCCAGGAGAUGGUCGCGGUCGCUGAAAUUGGAUACUUAGAGUUCCAGUGGUUGAUAAAGAUUGAAGAAUGGAACCGUCUCACGAUUCGACCCAAUGAGAGAAGAGCCGGCAGCGUCCAUGUUUCGAAGCUUCUGCCAUUUGACAUCCCAAGGGUCGACGUCGCAAUGGGAAGGAAAAUGACAGUCGAGGAUGUAUCGUUUCUGGAAGUGUCCGGGUGGCCCAAGUGGCUCUCCAGCAUUCAAAAUCUGACAGUCAAGUAUAGCUACCGGGAACAAACUACCGAUCUACUCAUCAGCCUGGAAGGCCUGCCGAAGGAGCUUCCCAGGCUGAGAAAGUUCGACCUGAGAGGAUGCAGCCAACUGGCGUCGCUCAAGGGAAUGCCUGAGAUGCCAAUGUUGGAGACUCUUCAGCUUCCCAAGUCGAUAAAAUCCCCUGAAGGAAUCCCGAAGGAGCUGCCUUCGCUGACGACUCUCGACCUGAGUGGAUGCAGUCAACUCACAUCGCUCAAGGAAUUGCCUGAGAUGCCAAUGUUGGAGACUCUUCAGCUUCCCAAGUCGAUUGAGUCCCUUGAAGGCAUCCCAAGGAAGGCACCCAUGCUUACAAGGCUCGACCUGAGUAAACGUAGCCAACUCAAAUCCCUGGAGGAAAUAUCUGAGAUGCCGCAGCUGGAGAUCCUUCGACUACCCGAGUCUCUAGAGUCCCUGGAAGACAUGCCAAAGGAGCUGCCUUCGUUCCCUUUCUCUUUCUGGAUUGAUCUAUUGGAUUGAGUUGACUCCUUGGACGGUCAAAUGUGCCAAUGCUGCUCGAGCUCGACAUUCCAGCUCGCGUCGAGAUUUCCGCGGAUGUUCCCGAGGAGCUUCCGUCCCUCACCAAGCUCACGAUCUCCAGUCGGAGGAUCUCCGGACUUCCGAAGGGAUGUCGCGUUGUGUUCAA